AUGGAAUAUGGCCCAGGAGAUCUUCAUCGACCCAAGAGACGCCGAUCCAGCCCCUCGAAUUAUCAAAAUGGCAAUGAACUGAAGCGCAAUAGAUUUGCGAACGUUGAAAUAGUAGACCUCACUAUCGAUGACGAGGACCCUGCCCAGACGACGGAUGGGACAUAUGUACCAAGAUCCCCAGGUUCAUCAAUGUUCUACAACCUACCAGGCCUCGCCACCUCCAUCGAUACUGAAGAGCAGAUUGUAUGCUUCGGUAUGAUAAUCGGUGUACGCGGUGUCUGUCAAUUUGUACGAUCUUCGCCGCCACAGGAGUUUGCGGUCACUUUGACAGAUUCCCAACAUUUCGAAUCCAGUGACGAUGCUACAAUCAAAGGCCUGAUUGAUCCGUACUUUACAUUCUUCAUCAAUGUAUUGCUCAGUGAACAAGAUCUUGAGCUGGAGAUCACCUGCUCAUUAGAGGCAGGUAAAUCGCCCAAAGCAAAACUCGCAAUGCCUCUUUCUACGCCCUGCCACCUGACUGUGACGCUUUAUGGUGAUAUCAGCCUCUUGGAAGAUGUAGGGAGCUUUUUUGAGGAGCAUAAUCUCUACCUUCAAGAUCCUGUGGGCUGUUCACGGCGCGUUUUGUACCGGAAUCCGCACAAGCUAUGCGAUGCGUCUGAUCUUGCUAUAUGGACAUCGGAUUUAGGCAGAGAGCAUGCAAAAGCUGCCAUUAUCGAGAGCACACAGCCGCGUCCCGAGUUGAUCGACGUCCUAAACUCUCGAGAGGAUUUAGUCGAAGCCAAACAGCCCGGCUCCAUCCGAUCAACAAUGAAAAGUUUUGUCAAUCGAGUCUCGGGCGCAACUCAAACAGAACUGCCACAGCAAUUCUACGGCGGGAUUAUCGCAGACUCCAUGGGCCUAGGCAAGACACUGUCCAUGAUCUCUCUGAUAGCCACCGACCUACUGGUGAACAGAAAUGAUCCGAACUCUCUGAUUGGGGCCCAUGCCGAGAAGUCGUCUGGCCGGACGUUGAUUGUCGUGCCGCCCCCUCUUCUUGACUCCUGGGAAGAGCAAUUGAAACAGCAUGUCUUCCCCAGCAGCAUCCCAUGGCGCAGGCACCACGGAAAGUCUCGUUUAGCAGAUGCAUCAGAUCUUGAAGAUUAUUUGGUGGUUUUGACGACCUAUCAGACAAUCUCCUCAGAAUGGAGCUACAGCUCAAAUCAACAACAUUCCUUGUUGUUUAGUACGCGAUGGCGACGCAUAAUUCUGGAUGAAGCUCACUUCAUCCGAAAUCAUGAUACUCGUAUGGCUCGUGCCGUCUGCUCGUUGGCCUCAGUUUCGCGAUGGGCUGUGACCGGCACGCCGAUCCAGAAUCGACUGGGCGAUCUCACAGCACUCCUCAAGUUCCUUCAGGUAUAUCCCUACGCAGAGGACUACGAAUUCAACGCAGACAUUUCUCAUCUAUGGAAGAUCGGUAAGGUAGAUGAGGCUGUGAGGCGGUUGAAACGGCUUGCGAGCUGCAUCCUCUUGCGUCGUCCCAAGACCAUCAUCCAACUGCCCCCAAGGCAUGACUUCAAGCAGUUUGUGGAUCUGGCUCCGGCCGAAAGGGAGUUGUACCAGGAAUUCAAAAUGCACACCAUAUCCCACAUUGAAAAAGCGCUCUCCGUAGACGGCAAGUUUACUCGAGCAUACUCGUAUACCAACAUGCUACAGAGGAUCGAAGCAAUGCGCAUGAUCUGCAAUCUCGGCAAGCAUUAUAAGGCACGAUACGAUCUACAGGCGUACAACGAACAGACAUCUCCGAGCUGGGAAGAGGCUGCCCAGAAAAUGUUCAACAUACGUCGCGGAAUCAGCAGCAUUCAUUGUCGCUUGUGCCUUUGCGUGGCUGAUUUUACAGAAAUCGCCACUGACGAGACCGGCCUGCCUCCCAUGUCUCUGUUCUCGCAGUGCUUGGAAUUCGUCUGCUCUACAUGUCUACUUACACAUUCACUUUCUCAGGCACUGAGAUCGUGCUCUCACGAGACCCUAUGUCCCACCGCCAAGAUAUCGACCGAUAUAUUCGACACCGACGAUGCACCGUGGUUGGGUAUGGGGCAGCCAGGUACUGAAUUACCGACGAAGAUAUCUAAGCUAAUGCAAGACCUGCAAAGACAGCCUCAUGAUAUUAAAUGCGUCGUCUUCUCUUCAUGGCGAACUACUCUGGAACUUAUUGAGCUUGGCCUGAAACAGGCAGGCAUUCCUUGUCUGCGUUUCGACGGCAAGGUGGCACAAAAAGACAGACACGUAGUUGUCGAGCGGUUUCGCAAGGAUCCAACGAUUAGAGUGCUGCUGCUGACAAUCUCGUGUGGCGCUGUUGGCCUUACAUUAACGGAGGCCUCGAGGGCCUAUCUCAUGGAACCUCACUGGAAUCCAACACUGGAGGACCAAGCGCUAGCUCGUAUUCACCGUAUCGGACAAACGAAAGAAGUAAACACUGUUCGGUUCAUCGUGAAAGACUCGUUUGAGGAGGUAUGCAUUUUAACGAAUAGGUUUUGA